AUGGCAGAUUUUUUGAAAGAACUGCCAGUCUACAACAAAAGCAAUUUUAGUCCAUUUCCUGCCAACUCAGUGUGUAAAGCCUCCAAUCGACGCCCUUCAGUCUACCUGUCCAUGCACAAGUACCCAUCUGAACAGAUCAUUGUGACAGAAAAAACAAACAUCCUUUUGCGCUACCUACAUCAGCAAUGGGACAAAAAGAAUGCUGCCAAGAAGAGAGACCAGGAGCAAGUGGACCUCAAGGGCGAGAGCUCAGCACCUCCCUGCAAGGUCACACGGACAGACAGCCCAGACAUGCAUGAGGACACUUAA